AUGCUCCUGAUUAGCUGGAACGUGGCGGGAUGGUCGGCAACGGUGCGGGGAAUUCGCGAGAGCUACGGCAGCGUCGCGCGUUUUUUUCACCAAACAGGGGCGGAUAUCAUUUGCUUGCAGGAGUGCAAAGGGACGUGGGAUAAACUUCAGACGGGGCCGGUCGAGAUGGGCGUCGAGGAUCCGCCCGUUUCGAAGCGAAGCCUCGCCAAAGCCGCCCCGCCCGCCCUGAAAGGCGCUUCCCCUUCCCAUGCCGCGAUCACCAAUCGCGGGGCCCCCAUUACAGGGGAGACGAUGCGGGAUUGGGAGUCUUUUUGGUCCUUUAGCAAAAAAGUCCACAAGGGCUUUAACGGCGUGGUGACGUUUGUGCGGAAAGGCCGCACCAUUGCUUGCGAUGCGCGGCCUUUUGGCAAGGAUGAUUUGGACGAUGAAGGUCGAGUGGUGGUCACCUAUCACAGCGCCUUUGUACUCUUUAACGUUUACGUUCCCAACGCCAGGGGGUGCGCGCGAAGUGAGUACAAGCGAUACUUUUUAAAUUCCCUCGUUUCGGUCAUGGAUCGCGUACGACAGACAUCCAAGAAGCCUUUGGUGUUGGUGGGGGAUUUAAACAUGACCUAUCGCGCGGAGGACGCGGCCUGGACGCUGCGCCGUCUUCAUAUCGGCAAAAUGGUCGAAUUAAAUCAACAGUCUAGGACGCACACGGCGGAGGCGUGGGAGAAGCGGUAUCCGUAUCUUUCGAAGCCCGCCCUUUCUCGCUUGACCGCCACGGUAGUGCAAUCGCUUUGGCUUCGCGCUCUAGAGAUCGUGAACCCGACGGCCUCCUCUCCUUUGAAGGCGAUGGACGAUAAAGGCUUAACCGAUGCCGUACACGUGGAUCACGAAUCCCGAAAAGACUCUUCCCAAAGCACCACCCAAACCAGCGUCGUUUCUGUGGAUUCCCGCAUCCGUGAUGCGUACGACAAGGGGGGUUCCGGAAUCCCGAACGAACCGCGCAUCGAGCAUCUCAAAACGCUUUGCCAGCUGUCCACCGCGCCCAAUCCCUCGAAGAAGGGGCCGUCGUGCAUGCUCGCGUCAUCCCAGCCGAACGCCGGGGGUUUUGUCGAAUCCACAAAUCCGCCUAUGACCCUGGCGGAGCUCUACGAAGCGGGCUUUUCCAGCAUUUUUGUGGAUGAAAUCGCCCCCAACCCCACCGCCCGAGUCGCCCAGCAUCGCGAGCUCUACGCGCUGACGCGGUAUUGCGGGUUGCCCCCUCACGACGACGAGUCCAUCGCGUUCAUGGGCCGGCUUUUACACCAUGCGCAUCCCCCUUAUGGGGGCCAUUCGACGCCGUUGGGGGGCUAUUUCGCGAGCGCGAUGCGGGAUACGUUUACCCUGACGCCAAACGGAGGGCCCUGCGAGGCGUUUAGCGGUUCUGCGGACUGCCCAUGCCCCUUCACCUGCUGGGAUCAAUCGCGGAAUCGGCGGCAGGUGAACGAGGGUACGCGUUUGGACUACAUCCUCGUCGACCGCGCACUCGCGCCUUACGUGAGGCCUCCCACAAACAGCAAAAACAACCUAUUCGACUCAAACCACCUUAACCACCAGACUAAUCAAGGAACUAAUUCAAUGUUUAUGGAUCUUUCUAAUGGGUGUUAUGACGAGGAGGGGGAUUUUUUCGGUGAGUUUAGCGGUGGGGCCCGCGAGGAGGGGGUUCGUCGGGCAAGGGGGGAUGGGUUAUACCCGUCCGCCGCCUUCGAUCGCUCUGGAAUCCCACAGCUCAGUUCAAAUGCGCUCGAUAUCCCAUUCCGCGGACUUCCCUCUACAGGAUUAUUUCUCACCCCUCCUCAAUUCAGCGAUCAUAUUGGUGUGUGCGCGCUUUUCCACCCAUCCAUUAUUUUAGAACCGCAUACUGAUAAGAUUUCGGGAGCUGCCAAAUGCCAGUAUCGACCUCCUGUUAGUUUGUCUUCGUUUUUUACAAAGACGCCGUCUUCAAAGUUAGCACCAGCUACAAACAUGGAUGGAAAAAUGGCCAACCAUGCAAGGAACACUGAACAAAAUUCCAAACUAUUUAGCGAAAAAGAGUUAAGUGAUUCACCAAAGGAGAAAAAGGCGAAGAUAGAACUUGACAACGGACUGACUGAGAUUAUCAACGUAGAUAGUGUCGAAAAGAUUGUCUGA